AUGGCGCCAGAAUCGACCGUUUUAGGCCUUAAACAAUCCUUUCUUACGACGCAGACACGCCUCCUGUCACAACCUCUGGCUCCAUCGCGGUCAUGGCACAAGACAAAUGAUGCAGCAGAGGAUGGCUUACCCGAGAAAGCUGUAGAGGAUGCGCUUGUUCGUCUAAACCACAUCCUGCAACAGCAUUCUCGUCGAGUCUAUGCUCCACAGGCGACGAGGCACGUCGCUGAGCAGAUCGACCGGCUGUACUGGAAUGCUGGCGAGCGAGCGAUCGCGAGGGACGGCGAGGCUGAUGCCGAGGGCUUGAGUGUUGGGGCUGACUAUGCAAGCCCAGAGACUAUUGCCUCUCUACCGCCAGCGUGGGACUCGGAGCGCGAUUCCACUGCGAACCCCAUGGAGGCCAGGCGGUACGCCGAUCUUGUAGUGCAUCUGCAAUCUUUGGCAGCGCGCAAAGAAGAAGCCGAGGCGCGUGUACAGCGCCUUCGGCGCAUGCAAGGCAUGCUUGCACCUUUUCAAGAGCCUCGGGGGCAAGAGGGCGAAAGCAGCUCAGGGAGCGUGCAAGAGAACCUUGUCACGCGCGGCGGCGAGGUUGAGAAGGAACUAGAGCGCAUGCGGAUGCUUCUGGCGCGAGUAGGCGAUCGCGUCGCGCGAAUGAAGGAUCAUCAAGCUGAGUUUGAACCGGAUAAGCUCAAUGACCCGGAUCACAUGGUCAUCGACGAGGUAGAGGCUCAGGAACGAAAGAAGGUGGAUGAUCUCCUCGAUUCGUUUUGA